AACAUCUUUUUUUAUUGUCAUAGAUUUUAUGGAAAAAUAGCUUUAGAAGCAAAUAAACAUGAUGAGACUACCCUCAAGGCUAUUUAUGAGAAUGGUGAAGGUUUGGCUAAAAUUUCAGGUGAAAGAAUCUGGGUUGAGCUCAAAAAAAUUCUGGAGGGAAAUUUUGCCGGAGAUCUAAUGGUUACUGUUGUGGAAAAUAAUUUAGCCACUUACAUAGGAUUACCUGCAAAUCCAAACGUAGAAGAAUUGAAAAGGGUAUGGAGUCGAAGUGGUCAUCUGAAACUACAUCCCAUUACACUACUGGCAUCUUUAUUAAACAGUAUAGAUGAUGCUAAAGAACUGAAUGCAAGGCUAAAACUUUCGGCCUAUGAAAGGGACUUGGCUCUUUUUGUAGUUGAACAUAGGGAACCAAAAUUGCAUCCUAAACCUUUGAUGCCAUUCCAACAAUUGAUUGUAAAAUCAAAAUGUAAGCCUUCUGACACAAGGAGCAUGUCGAUUGAAGUUUUGAAAUAUAAUAAUUCUCCUCAUUGGGAGGAGUUAGGUAAUUGGAAACUUCCCAAGUUUCCUGUGAGUGGAAAUAUUUUAAAAGAACUUGGGAUCGAGAGUGGCAGGUUUAUGGGACUUGUAAUGACUGAAUUGAAACAUUACUGGGCCGAUAAUGACUUCAAAUUGAAUGUAGAAGAAUUGGUAAAGCAAGUACCAUCUAUAGUUGAUAAGCUCUCACAAAUGAAGAACAAGAAAUAAAUAUUCCAUAAAGGACUUGUUUUUUUAAAUUGAAAUUUUGAAUUAAAAAUUACUAUGAAUCGAACAGGUAUUAAUAACGUGAUGAGAAUUUA